AUGGACUCUUUACGGUUUAUAAUCCUGCUCUUAUGGAUGUGCAGGUCUGCAGCAGCCGGACCAGAACAGUACAGGUGAGUCCAGCCUGCACAAAACUCAUCAGAUACAAAAUCAAACUUUUUUUCCCCUACAGAACUUCUUCAAAUGUAAAUUCCCACAGCAGUGAGUUUAUGAUUCAGUAAAAAACUGUGAUUUAUUUUACUGAAAAAAAGUGAUUUUGUUUGAUAUAAAAAAAAAAAAUUUUCAGGCUUGUGCAGAACACUGUAUUUCAUUAUUAUUUUUGGAAAUUUUAGGGACAUUUUAGAGCUGAUUUUGGAUAAAAAUUUAUUACUUUUGAAUUAUUUUAACACAGAUUAAUCAUUGAUUCUCAGCACCCAAAAUGAUGGUAUCAAUAGUUCUUUCCCACUAAAUCUAAAAAUUAAUUGAGUUUCUACUUUGAUAUCAGUAACAGUUGGUCAAUAAAAGGAGGACAUUUUUUAUGACAAGAAAGAAGUCAGGAUGUCAAAAAUAAAGUCAAAAUUCUGAGAAAAGGUGAAAUUCAAAUUUGAGGCUAAAAGUUGAAACUCAUGAAGAAAAAAAGUUAAAAUUUACAGUUAAAAAAAGUCAAAAUCCACUUUGCAUGGAAACUCUUUUGUAUAAAACUUUUUUUAUGUUUAAAUUUGACACGACCACUUAACAGCCCUGAAAAAUUGUGUUUCAAUUUUCUUAUGGACUUUCAAAAGUCUCUAUGAAAUUGCAUUUUAAAUUUAGUCUCUAAAUUAUCACUAUUUUUCUCAACAUUUUUCUUAGAGUUCCACCUUUACCCUUUACAUUGUAUUUUAAAUAUUUCUCUCAAAAUUAAAACUUUUGUCUUGAAGUUUCUUUGGACUUAAGUUAGAAAAAAAACGGACUUUAUUUUGACCCCAUUAUCCGAUUGUAUCGUGACAAGACAGUAAAGUCAUCCUGCUAAUAUCUCCAGGAACACGUCCAAAGGGGUGGCAUCACCCUGAGAUCGGAUCUCCCAUCCUUAGAUGCCACCAAAAAUUCUAAACCAUGAUUGGCUGUCCACCUUCUUGGAGUUUUUAUCCUUUCAAAUGUAAAACAUUUAGUUAAACUGAACCUCAAUAUUGCAAUACAACAAAAAGUUACUGUAACUCAAACCAGCAGGGUCCAAAGUACCUUAGACUUUACGUGUAAGAUCAGCGCCCCCUCCUGAAAACAUCUUUAUUACAUUGCUUCAUUUUGUUUGUAGCACUGCCUGCUGGUAAAAGGCAGAAGACUGUACAUACAGGGAUUUAAAAGGAGUUUACACUGUGUGUCUUUAAUUUAUGAUGAGUGGAAAAACAUAACAGCUGGAGUGUUUGGGACUGUUCUGCUCCAGAUAAGACAGUGUGACUUUACCUAGGUGUGACCCAGGCCAAACUCUGACUUAUACCAUUUCUGACAUAAAGCGUACCUGAUAGAUAUGCACAGGGACUUGGUUUACUUUUUGAUUUAUUUGUCUAAAAUCCAGGUUUCUUCCCACAUGUUCAUUUAGAUCACCUCACUUCAAAAUCCCUUGAAACCAAACAUGUUAAAAGUGGAUCUGAUAAUAAAGCAGAGAAAAACUUACACAUUUUAAUGCUGCUCAAGUAUUUAAAAUGUAGAUAAAUAAACUUUAACCAUGUUUUAAUGAAGAACUUAAGGAAAGUUACAUAACUGCACUGCAUUUAUAGGCUCACUUCCUUCUGCUGUAAUGACAUAAUAACACAGCUCAUCUGAGUUUUAUUUGAUCACAUUCAUGCUGUUAAAUUUAAACUUGAACCUUGAGUGUUGGUUUUUUUUCUCUUUUACAGGCUGCAGAAAUCACACAGAGAAGAUGGUGAGUUGAUUUAAUAAUCCAGUAAAUCCUCUAUAUUCCCGUAGAAACAUGCUAAUAAAAUUUUGAAUUUAUAUAAAUAUAAUCUAAAGUAAUUUUGGUGGCAUAAUAGCAGCAACUCGUGUGAUCCAGUGUGUCCUUGAGAUUAAUGUGGGCUUCCAACUUUUUACAGCUCCUUAUCUUUAUGACACACAGCAUUAACACACACACACACACACACACACACAGGAAAGUAUCAGCAAUCAGAGCCAUAAAAAUCACUUUUCCUGUGUUUAUAUACAGUAUAUAUAUAUACAUGUAUAUGAAUGUAUCACAGUGACUCUUUAUCCAUUAGUUGGUGAGUUGUUGGAUCUCAUCUGUGUCUGUCUUGUUGCAGCGGCGGUCCUGACCUCUUGUAACUUCAACGACAACAGUGACCCAUUCUGCGAUUUCACUCAGGACACGACUGACAACGGCGACUGGAUAAGACACACAGGAGAGACCCCGACAGAGGGCACUGGUCCAAAGGGAGACUACCCUGAUGGAAGUCAGUUCUGAAUGAUUUAGUAUUUCUGUUUAUUGCUAACCUCAGGUUUGGAGGCCAAGUUUGGCUCAUGAUACAUCUGUCUGUCUGUCUGCCUGUCUGUCUGCAGAGGGGCACUACAUCUACCAUGAGGCUGAUAAUGUGGCAAACGGUGAGAGUGCUCGUCUGCUGAGCCCAACCAUCUCCUCAUCCUCAAAUGAGAUCUGCAUCCAGUUUCGCUACUACAUGUACGGCGCAGACAGUCACAACACUUUGAAGGUCCUGGUAAAGAGGCCCAGUGGCGAGACUGCAGUUUUUUCUAAAACAGGAUUCCAGAGUCCGUCCUGGCUGCUGGGCUCUGUCACUGUACCAAAACCAAGCGCAGAGAAUGUCCAGGUAAGUGUGAACCGUGUGAGUCUCAUAGCCAUGUGUCUAUUGUGUUAUCAUCAGGGGUAAUAGUGUUUUCCCUUCUCUUUGUAGAUUGUUUUCCAACAUACUAAAGGCUUCACUGCUUCCUGUGACACAGCCCUGGACAACAUUGUAAUCACUGAUGGAGCAUGUCCUUGUGGGUAUACACACAUCAACACUUAUAUGUACACACAGGAACAGGUAUCAGUAUAUCGUUGACAGUAUGAAUGUUGUGCCCACAGCUUGUGUUACCGGCUGUAAUUUUGACAACGGUGACCUCUGCGAAUGGACAACUGAAAAUGACAAUGAGGAAAUGUUUGGAUUUGAGAUCUGGAAUGGACCGACAGAUACUGAAGGAACUGGACCUGAGGAUGACUACUCCAAACCUGGGUGUAAGUAUUUCUUUUUGGAUACAACCCAAUACAAUACGAUACAAUACAAUAUAAUUCAGAAGAAAUUAAAGUUGUUUUUGGCUCCACUGUUUGUAGUUGGCUCAUACAUGCUGAUGGACUCAACUUCUGCUGUACCUGGUGAGAAGUCCCGCAUCAUAAGUCCUCAACAAACCCCAGCCUCUGGCUGUCUGGACCUUACCUUCUACUACUACCUGUUUGGUACCAGCACCAACAUGGAGAUCAGCGUCCACACCAUCACCACAGGUAAAAAAAUAGCAUGUAACUAACCACCAAGAAAAGAUCUCAGACUGUUUUAUGUUGACUUGACUUGAUUUUGUUUUUGUAUGUACCAGGUGGAAGCCUUGGACCUGCUCUCUGGUCAGUCAAGGGAAACCAGGGUGAAGGAUGGAAACCUGCAGAAGUUCGUUAUGUGGGAUCCUCUGCCAUAAAAGUGAGUACUGGGGAGUCUGCUUGUCUCUGCAUGUUUAUGCAUGUGUGUAAAAGGAAGAUAUGACACUGUACUUUUAUUUGAUAUGUUUUAGUUCGUCAUCAUGGGCACCUUUGGAGAAACUUCAAAGACAGAUAUUGCUGUUGAUGCUGUUUGUAUCUUGGCCUGCAAAGGUGAGACCCUAACCCAACUGAGACUCAGGUCUGGUUCAUCUGUAAUUAAAAUACAUAAUCAAUUAAUAUGAUUUCAUAUUAUGAUCUUAAUUUUCUGUUCAAAGCAUCACCAACAACUCCUCAGCCCCCUGUAACAACACCUGGACCCACAACACCAAGACCAACAACACCUGGACCAACUACACCAAAACCAUCACCUGGACCUUCAACCCCAGGACCUAGUACCCCAAAACCAUCAACUCCUGGACCAACCACACCAAAACCAUCACCUGGACCUUCAACCCCAGGACCUAGUACCCCAAAACCAACAACUCCUGGACCAACUACACCAAGACCAUCUCCUGGACCUUCAACCCCAGGACCUAGUACCCCAAAACCAACAACUCCUGGACCAACAACACCAAAACCAUCUCCUGGACCUUCAACCCCAGGACCAAGUACCCCAAAACCAACAACUCCUGGACCAACAACACCAAAACCAUCUCCUGGACCUUCAACCCCAGGACCUAGUACCCCAAAACCAACAACUCCUGGACCAACUACACCAAGACCAUCUCCUGGACCUUCAACCCCAGGACCUAGUACCCCAAAACCAACAACUCCUGGACCAACAACACCAAAACCAUCACCUGGUCCUUCUACUCCAGGACCUAGUACCCCAAAACCAACAACUCCUGGACCAACUACACCAAGACCAUCUCCUGGACCUUCAACCCCAGGACCUAGUACCCCAAAACCAACAACUCCUGGACCAACUACACCAAAACCAUCACCUGGUCCUUCCACCCCAGGACCUAGUACCCCAAAACCAACAACUCCUGGACCAACAACACCAAAACCAUCACCUGGACCUUCUACUCCAGGACCUAGUACCCCAAAACCAACAACACCUGGACCAACCACACCGAAACCAUCACCUGGACCUUCUACUCCAGGACCUAGUACCCCAAAACCAACAACUCCUGGACCAACCACACCAAAACCUUCUACUCCAAGGCCAACAACACCAAGACCCACAACAAACACACCAAGUAUGGCACAAGCUAUUUGAAGCCUCCUGUUUCAUUGUCUUCUAUCCCUGUUUGUAAUGUGGAAGCAUCUUAAUCUCAUUAACCAAUUUUUUGUACUCUUCACAGAUCCAUGUCCACCUAACGCAGAGUAUAUAGAUUGUGGUCCAGCUUGUAUCCCCACCUGUAUGGAACCAUCCACCAACUGUUCUGGAUCCUGUAUUACUGGCUGCUUCUGUAAACCAGGCUAUGUCUUUAAGGGAAGGCGCUGUGUGCCAUUGGAGCAGUGUGGCUGCCUGGAUGACGAUAAUAACUAUUACCAGGUUCGAUGUCUUGGCUAAUAUUCAUGUACCCACUCUUUUCUCCUCAGCAUAUAUACAUCCAACAUAUAGUGAGAAGCUCAAGUUAAACUUUAAAACCUAUAAGACUAAUCCCUUGUUAAACAUUUUUUUAGCCUGGGGAGAUUGUAUUCGGUGAUGGCUGCUCCCAGCUGUGCCGCUGUGCUGGGAACUACACUUUGGAGUGUGUUGAUAACUCCUGUGAUAUCACUGAGGAGUGCCGCGAGGUUAAUGGAGUUUCAGGCUGCUAUCCCAAAGGUAAAAAACAUGUUGUCCCUCAUAUCUCACUUCAAUUUUACCAUCUCAACAGCUGAUACAGUCGUAGGUAAUCUGCUGUCAGCAUUUGCUGUUCUAUAGAUGUGUUUAGCUAAGCCUACCCUCAACUCUACAUGUCUGGCCAGCCUAUAACAUGCCACAUUGGUUUCCCUCAGGAACAUCUUCAUGCAUUGCAUCUGGUGAUCCCCACUACACCACGUUUGACAAACGGAAGUACAACUUCAUGGGCAACUGCAGCUAUUUGAUGUCUUCACCCUGCAAUACCACGUCUCUGCAGUACUUUGAGGUCCAUGCAGACAAUGAGAAUCGUUUCAACAGGCCCACCAUCUCCUAUGUGAAAGCCGUACAUGUGUAUGUACGUCAUGUGAAGAUCUCCAUCCUCAAAGGUGGUACUGUCCAGGUAACUUGGAUAAUUGAUGUCAUUUGUCUAAGACUGUAGAAAUAACUCACAUUCUGCUAAAACAGGGUUUUAAAAGAUUGAUUAACCCCUGUUUUCCUUAUAGGUGAAUGGGACCAAUGUCAACCUGCCUGUAUCUCCAACCCCUGGUGUCUCUGUGUACAAAUCAGGAAAGCACUACACUGUAUCAACAGACUUUGGUUUAACUGUCCGUUACGAUGGAAACCACUUCAUGGACAUCAAAAUUAUCAAAGAGUGAGUAAAGACUGAAUCAAAAUUGAUUUUGAUUGCAACAAGUUGCUGAAGAAGAUUUCUGUCUUCCAAAAAAUGACCUAUGUGAUUUUGUGGCUAUGUGCAGCUACAAGGACACACUGUGUGGACUGUGUGGAGACUAUGAUGGAGAUACCAAAGAUGACUUCCGUAAACCAGAUGGAUCAUUGACCACCAGCCCUAAUGAGUUUGGACACAGCUGGAACACCGAUCCAGAGUGAGUAGCACACUUUACCGUUUACUGCAAGGGCAAUGUGAAAACUUUUAGGACUUUCCCUUUGUCCGUCAAACCCUGAUGAUCUGUAUAUCAAAAGGUCAAGCCACAACCGUUCAGAAUCCAUAAGCAUGUUGUUGCAGCGGCAGUCUCUGCAACCCUCUCUUCAGAGUAUUUACAAGCCACAUGUAGUGUGGAUUGUCCCUCAAACUUCCUCCCUGACAUCUCCUGUCCCCAGAAGAAGUCAAGUCUAAUGCCAGUUACUCCCAUAAUUGAAUCCAUCAAUGAUAAAAUGUUACUGACCACCAAACAGAGCUCCUCUAACUGACAGUCUGUGAUGGCAGGUGUAACAAGAAACCCAACACCACCAUCCCUGGAUGUGACGAAGAUGAACAGGACCUUUACGAAAGCUCUGGAUACUGUGGCAUUCUGCUGGACAAAAAAGGUCCCUUCGCCGUGUGCCAUCCUAGAGUCAAUCCAAAUGUAAGUCACUACUCCCACAGUCAUACGCAGCCACAAUUCAACUGUGCAAACAUGUCGAACAGUGUGAGCCCAAUCCCAACCCUCAGCAGGACCCCUCUGUUUGGGGUUUGGGUUUAUGGAUAAUGCAUCUUUGUGGCUGAAUCUGGUCUCUGUCUUCAGAAUUAUUUCAGGGACUGUCUCUUUGACCUUUGUGAGCUGGAUGGAGCCAAACCCAUUCUGUGUGAAGCUAUCGAAGCGUACGUCAAUGAAUGCCAGGACCGCGGAGUCAACAUCGGACCCUGGAGGAACGAAACCUUCUGCCGUGAGUGUUGACUCAAAAAAGAUAUGUAGACAUGUCAUUCUGACUUAUAACGCUCUAAGUUAAAUCAAGUUGAGCUAACGUACCAAAAUAAUGCUGUUGAAGAAGGAAUCAGAGACAAUAUUGAUGAAACUGGCAAAAUCAGGAGCAUAAGGACUCCAGAGUGGUUUUUUAGAGGAAUACAUUUAAUAGAACCACCAUCCCAUUUGACAACUGGAAUGUGAAAGGUCAUUAAACAAAAUGGCAAAGCCAGUACGUCAAACUCAUGUUUGGUGGUGUUUGAGGAGCUACAGCCCCUCAUAAAGAAAUACUGAUUCACUAUUUAGAUGGUAGAAAGAUGUGGAAAUCCAUGGGUGGUACUAUAACUACACCUAAAGUCCAGAACAGUAGGGACAUCUUCCUGUAUUCCCAACCUAUCAGUGACCUCUUCUUCCCACCCCCCGACAGCUCUGAAAUGCCCCCCCAACAGCCACUACGACAACUGCGCAGACCCCUGUCAGGAGACCUGUACCGGCAAACCUCCCUCCUGCAGCAGCAGCGGUCCCUGCUCUGAGGGCUGUGUAUGUGAUUCCGGCUACGUCCUGAGUGCUGGGAAGUGUGUGAAGGAGAGCUCCUGUGGCUGCACCCACACCAACGGACAGUACUACCAGGUGGGUUUGUGUCAGGGGCGGGCAGAUGGGGGGAUGAAGGGGUGAUGGUUCAUGUUAGCAUGUGUGUCCUUGGUUUUUCAUUUUACUUCUCCUUCUUCAACACGACAGGGUGUUUUAUUGCGUCUGUGUAAUUUUGUGUUUUAGCCUGGAGAGGAGUUUUAUGUGGAGGACUGUCAGCUAAAGUGCAAGUGCGACGCCCCCUUCGUUACCUGUGUGGCCUCUGAAUGCCCCCCAAUGCACGAGUGUAAAAACCAGGGUGGAGAGCUGGGAUGUUAUCCAGUUGGUAAGUUCACACUUGGAGGAGGAAAGCCCACUUAUAGUCUGUGGAGCAAACUUGAACAUCUAAAUCCUUAACACUGAUUCUUGACUCACUUUAUCUCUGUUUGAUUAAAACCUCUGAAACAAAACGAGACAGAAGAGGUUGGCCAGAGAUAAAAAAUAUUAACUUUAAGAAUAAAGUCAAAGAUUUAGGAGAUAAAUUUGAAAUUUUACAAAUGUGCAGACCGAACUCUGUUGAGUCCAAACUUUUAUACAUGUUUUUGUCUAUUAGCACUAAGUUACAGUUUUGGAAAUAAUUCUCAAAAAUGUUUCACACCUUUUCCAUUUUGAUGCAUUUGGUGAAAAUUUUAUAAGUGCAAUAAUUCAAAUAAACUGCAGGAAGAAGCUGAGCAGCUUUCUCGAACCUCUGAGCGUUUCUGUUCAGAGAUAUUUUGAAGAUGUUCACACCUGUCAUCCUCUCUCUCUCUCUCUUAGGUUCUCAGGACUGUGUGGUCUCUGGAGAUCCUCACUACAACACCUUUGACAAGAAGUUCUACACCUUCAUGGGAACAUGCACCUACACGCUAGCUCGAAACUGUGGGAACAAAACAGGUGAGAACAGCUAAUCUUCUUUUGAAAACUUAGCAGCGUCAGCCCAACAGGAAAAGUUUCCCUUUUUUUUUGGCGCCCCCUGUCGACAAAGUUGUCAUAAAAAUCUCCUCCUGCAGAGCUUUGAUGGUCAGAUUUGUCAUUUAAUGUGAAUAUUUGAAGUUGAAACUGUAAAAGCAGGAUCCUUUCUACACCUGCUCACCUGCCACUUUGCACCAGUUUCAGGCCUGAGAAAUAAACAUAUUUGCUUUUCUAAACCACAGAUCUGAAUUAUGGUCUGUUUCAGUCCUUGAAGAAUCAUGUAACAACCUGUUUCAGCAAGACUAUCUUUUCAUAGUAAAAACAUUGGGGUGAUGUGUGUGUCAUGCAGGUCCCUGGUUCUCUGUGGAGGGUAAGAACGAGGAGCGAGGAGUGUCAGGUGUGUCGUACCUGAAGAAACUCUACGUCACUGUAAACGGCAUCACUGUGACCAUGAUGAAGAGCAGGAGAACUCUGGUCAGUCUGGACGACCUUCACUGUAGACCUCUUUCAUAAGUAAACCCCAUGUGGUUUCCCUGUCUCUGUAUUCGUCCUAAUCUGUCAGUUCAGUCAAAUCAAACUGCCUCUCCCUCUCUUCACCUUUUUAUACAAUCUUAUCCUCUCUCUUUUUAUCUUUUGUAAUGCCAUAAUCCCAGAAAUCUGUCAGCGUUCUUCCUCGUCUGUUUGAUCCAUCAGGUUUCCUCUACUCUAAAUCCCUGAGAGCGGGAUGUUUAUCCAUGUCUCUGAUAAUCCUCCAUGAAUCAGAUUUGAUCUAACUGCCAGCAAACAAGUGUUGACCACAAUCUUCAAUCAUCGUUCUCGCUGCAGGUGAACGAACGGCGGGUGGCGCUGCCUCACUCUCCCUCACCCCUCAUGUCUCUGAGUCUGGCCGGUCAGUACGUCACCCUGCAGACCACCUUCGGACUGGUGGUGCGCUGGGAUGGAAACCAUUAUGCCCAGAUCACAGUCCCCAGGUUGGUGGGAAAACUCACUUUAUGACAUGAAAAGAGAGAAAUAUUUUCCCUGUAUGACUCUUUUUUUAAAUCGGAUGUUUGUAAAAAGUAGUUCCAGGUUCAUGUGUGUGUGUCCUCGGCUCUUCUUUUACCGACCCAGGUGAAGUGUUGCUCCUAAACAUGUAGAUAUUGUUCAGCAUUAAUGGAGUUUUCACAGUUGAGCCAGUGAAGGCCUGAAGAUCAGGACCAUCUAGUCUUGGUUUUGGUCUCUGAAUCUUUCAAAAGAAUCAGUCUUUUAAUCCACUCACUCCUUCACUCAGGAACAUUUUUCUGAAACUGUUGAACUAUUAGCUCAAGCAGUCUCUCACAGAGUGGUGAAUCUCUUCCCAUCUUUUUCUCCGAGAGACUUUUGUUCCUUUGGUCGCCCUGAAAAAAGUCAGCGCCCCACCACCCUAGGAAGCUAAUAGUGUCUGUUUUCCUGGAAGAGUCUGAAAUCCUGAAGGAACCUCCGAUCACCAUUAUCCUCAAUUCAGCAGCACAUGCUCAACCUGCAGAAUGUGAUAAUCUGGAUAAAAUCUGUAUCAAGCAUUUUAAUCUCUGACUCAGUAAAAAAGGAAUAUUUCCCAGAAAAAAAGCUUAAGAAAUCAGCCAGGGGUCAGAGGUCAUCCAGAUCUGCCAUGGUCCAUAAAUCCUCUGUGCGAUCCCAUACUUUGGUUUUAUCGAUGAUGGUUGGACUAAAAGUAUCACACACAGAGAACUCUACUCUCCAUUUCUUUGUUUGUCCACUUUCAAACAGUUUGAUCUCUUAAGACUCCUUAAGACGCUCCUCUUCAUCUCUUAAUCCCCACUCAUCUUUCUUCCUGCAGCUCCUACUUCGACCAGAUGUGCGGCCUCUGCGGCGACUACGACGGGAACGCCAACAAUGACUUUACCAAACCAGAUGGCACUCAGGCCGGGAGCGUGAAUGACUUUGGCAACAGCUGGCAGACAGAGGAAGAUGAGGAUGACUCGUGAGUUCACAUGCUUCAUUUCUGGGCUGUAAUCUGAGUUUAUUGUAGUCCUUCGAGCUUUCUUAGAAUCUGAAUCAUGUGACCUGUAAUCUGCACGUGUUCAGUUAGAAAUAAGGUGGGACUGACAUAAAACAGAGAUCAUCACUGAGACUUCAGUCUGAGUGCACAGAGAUGUAAAAUCACCCCGUCCUUGUGUUUGCGUAACCAGGUGUACUCCAGGUACCAAUCCAGACCCAGAUUGCGACCCCAGUUUGGAGGCCGAGGUGGUGAAACCUGAUAAAUGUGGCAAAAUCGAAGACAAAACCGGACCUUUCAGGUGAGAACACACCUUCUGAAACCCGACUACAUGAUGCAGACAGAACUAGAGUGAGCGGUAACAGAGCUGUAGUUCCCAUGAGUGUGACCCUAAAUGGCUUCUUUCAACUUUCACACACUUGAUGCAUCAAUUAAAACAAAAUUAAAAGGUACUGACAGAGUCACGUAUAAUAAGAGAUGAUAGGAAGAACAUGCACACGUUCACUCUUAGUACAUGUACAUGAAAAUAUCUCCAUACUAAGUUUAUUCGUCUGGGCCUUAAGUGGGGCCUCUGGGUUUUAAAAUCAUUUCGAAAAAAGGGAGUUUCUGGGAUUUUUUUAGAGGUUUUGUUGGCAGACAGAAAAAGCUGUUGAAUAUACACAUUAAACCGAAGUCUCCUUUAUUAGCAGGUCAUCAAAUAAGGUGUGUUGAACUGUAAUUUAGAUAAGAUUAAAACUGCACCCAGUUUUACAUUGACAGACACGUGCAAGUUGUGUUACUUUUUACACAGCAAGUUUUAAAAGAGGUUAAUGUUGAAAUUAGGCUGAUAGACGAAUUCAUGUAAAACCCACUGAAAAAAUAUGGGACUUUUCAAAAUAAAAGACUGAACACAGCAGAAAACUGAUUUUGUUCCUGGGUCACACAGCUGUUUUUUGUUCUGUGUGAGUCUUUAUCAUUAAUAUUAUUGUCUGAGGCGACUAUUGUCAGUUGCUGUAUAUUUCAGGAUUAUCAAAAAUACUGAUCAGCUGGGAAAAGUACGUUUUUUUUUCUACAAUGUCUUUGAGAAAAAAUCUUUUAUAUGAAAAUAUUCACAGCAACUGCGUAGGUGAAGAAAAAAAGCUCAUCAACACUUUUGUUCACGUAUGUCUCAAUAACGCAUUUGAUUAUUAUCUAGAAAGAAGACUCCUCCCUGUCCCGAGAAAAGUCAGUUCUCAUCUGUGUGUGUGGGUGGGCACGUGGGCGUGCAUGUGUCAGAUUACAAUGUGUAAAGGCAGGUCAGAGGGUGUGGCUGUUUUAAGAUACCAGCUUCAGUCGCUAUAAAGGAGGGUUUAUCGCUGUGUUCCUGCUGAACUGGUGCUUUUAUUCUGAAGGAGACGUCCCACAGUUACACACGUGUCCAUGAAUCAUCUCAGCUCACAGAUUGUGUUAUCUUCAUCGAGAUUGUCCGACUCGAUAAUCUGAGUUCAGAUUACAGUUAUGACUUGUUGUUCUUGGAGGAUCACAUGGACUGUGACAGACUCUGGACCACACAUACACACAGAAUAACACACACAUAUUAACACACACCUUAGUGUUGACUGCAGGUGCAAAAUUGUUGUUGGAUAAGAAAAGAUCCAGAUAAAGUCAGGCCUUUUUUUAACCUGAAGCACCACACUCCAUUAUAAAAAUCAGCACUUUCACCUCAGCGAGAGCAGGAGCUGCUGCUCUGCUGCUGAUUCAACUGUUUCUGUGUGUUUUUUAUUGACUUUGUCCUCUUACUUGUAUCUGCAUUUAAAACACAACACACCUCUAUCUCACAGUAACAAUUUAAAGUUUUAAACCUAUAAUAAAACUCCUGUGCUCUGCUCAAUAAAAAUGCAGUUCUCGAAAUAUAGUUUGGUUUGUUUGAAGAAAAGAUUGUGACGGCUGUUUUUGGUUCAUGUACAGAUUAAAUUAGAAACUUUUAUAACUUUUAGACAUUUAGAUCCAAAACUAUGUAAAGAUAAAAUGCAGCUUUUGAAAAAUGUUUGAAUUCUAUCUGCUUCAGAUUUAUAGUUUUUUAGCCAGCAUGUUGCUUUUACAAAUUUAUGAAAACUCAGAUCUCACAUAUGUCGUCCCUGACAGAUCUUUCUGAGCUGUUGUUUCCUCUGUUUUCAGGGAUUGUAUUGCUGUGGUGGAUCCUGAGCCCUUCUUCCGUAGCUGUGUGUUCGACAUGUGUCAGUAUAACGGUCAACAGAGCGUCCUCUGUGACUCUCUGCAGGCAUACACCGAUGCCUGUCAGAGCGCUGGGGCCAAAGUCUACCCAUGGAGGACCCCAGAGUUCUGUCGUAAGUCAACGCAAACUUAAAUGUUAUUUAUCAUUCACAGUAUUUCAACUCUAUGUCUUUUUAUCCAACACAAAACUUAAAAAACUUCAACCAAACAUAAAGAAAGUUUAAGAAAAUGAGUUUUAGCUUUUAUUUUGGAGGCUGAAAUUGUGGAUUUAAAUUUUAUUUCCACUUUAUUGAAAAAAAAAGUCUUAUAAUCAAUUUGUGUUUAAUCCUGUCUGUUUGUUUAUCUUAAUUAUUCUCCUGCAGCUCUGGCCUGUCCUCCGAACAGCUCGUACUCUUUGUGCGUGAGCUCGUGUCCAGAGACGUGUCUGGGUGUGGUCGGACCCCCCGGCUGUGAGGAUGUGUGUGUGGAGGGCUGCCAGUGUAACCCCGGCUUCAUCCUCAGUAACGACAAGUGUGUGUCUGUGAAAGACUGUGGCUGUGUGGAUGAUCACGGAUCCUACCACCCGGUGAGUGGACCACAACACUCAUGAGCUCCAUCCAGGACCUCUGAACUGUACGUUUAUAAUAUCUGACUCUCUUUUUCUGGCAGGUCGGAGAUGACUGGUACCUGGAGGGAUGUGAGCAGAAGUGUCAGUGUCACGGUGGAGGUUUGAUUCAGUGUCAGAACACCAGCUGUGUCCCCGUCACUGAGAGCUGUCAGCUGCAGAACGGAGACUAUGAGUGUCUCCCUGUGGGUACGUUUAACACAUUCAGAUACAUCCAGUAAAAGGGAGACUUUGAUACCAACCAGGGCCCUUCAUUUACAGAUCUGGGGUCUUGGUGAGGUUUUAGCCCUAAGUGGAUUUGUUCAUCCUGCUACAGUGAAUCAGGCCUUAGAUGAAAAAGUGUCUUACCUGUUAGUGCAAGAUAAGAACUAUUGAAAUGACUGAGUCAAAGACUAAAAUCAUCUAAUAGAUUUGUCUCCUCUCUCCUUUAGGAUCUGGUAUCUGCUCGGUAUCUGGUGACCCCCACUACAACACCUUUGACAAACGUGUCCACCACUACAUGGGCGCCUGCUCCUACACCCUCACCAAACCCUGCAAUGAGUCCUCCGGCCUGCCGUACUUCACCGUGGACACCCAGAACGAGCACAGGGGAAGCAACAAGAAGGUUUCCUACGUCAGAGCGGUGGUGAUCAAUGUUAACGGCGUGACCGUCAUUCUCGGGAAGGGACGCAAAGUACAGGUACGUCACCUGACAGGGAUGUAGACUAUAGAAAUCUAUGGAUUAGCUUAGCAUAAUAGCAGCUAAUAAAACUCUGUACUCUGAUGGAAAGUUAGAGAGGGCACAGGGUGUUACUUUUUGCACAGCUUUGUAGUUGUGAAAUAAUUUGUAAGUAGAAUGUCUGAGGCUGGCUAUUAGGACUUACAUUAGCUUCCUAGCAUCACAUGGGCUGUCAACAAUGCUCUGGACAGAACCCUGGGAGUCUUUGCUGCUGCUCUCCCUGCCUUGGCCUUUCAUAUAAGGCAUGUGGAGCAGCAGAGAGAGCUCUCAGAACAGUUCAUUCUUUUAAAGAAGGUGGUCCUGACUGAAAUGAACUGAUGUCCUGUUUUAGCUUGUUGUAGCAGUAGUGUCACAGCUUGAAUUGAACACCAGUCUGUUCCUCUCCUUUUUUCAGGUGAAUGGCACUGCAGUCGUCCCACCUGUCACCUCUAUCAAAGGAAUUCAUAUCUACCUGAGUGGAAAGUUUGUCGUCCUGGAAACAUCGUUUGGUUUGAGAGUUCGUUUUGAUGGAAACCACCAUGCUGACGUGACCUUACCGAAAUCCUAUAAUGGCCUGCUCUGUGGCCUGUGUGGUAAGAAAAUUAAGUUAUUAAACACAAAUUUUCCUUCAAAGUGACAAUUCAGGACUCCAAACUCCAAACUCAAAGAUGCCAGAUCAACAAAAACGCUCCUGAAGAGUUUGAUUUUCGUUUUUCCUGCAGGAAAUUUCAACGAAGACCCCAAAGACGACAACCUGAAACCAGACAACACACCUGCUGCUAACACCAAUGAGCUGGGAGAAAGCUGGCAGGUUCCUGACCCCCGCCCAGAGUGAGUCCAAAUACCAAACUGGUUAAUACAGAACUGUGAGUGUGAAUUCUGGUCUGAUAAACUGUGUGUCUUUGGUUCAGCUGCACUCACUCAGGAGGAGAGGAGGAUUGUGAUGACGAUGUGGAGGAAGACGCCAUGAAGCCCACCAGCUGUGGAAUGAUCACCGAUCCUAACGGUACAAUACGUGAACACCUGUUAUUCCACCCAUUAUCAUCAUCAGCCUGAUCUGAGUUUGUCCCUGAAUAAUAAUAUAUUUGUCUGUCACCUUUGACCUCAGGUAUCUUCAAGCCGUGUCACGCUGUGGUCCCCCCUGAGCCGUAUUUUGAGAACUGCGUGUAUGACAUGUGUGCGACAGACGGUCAGACGGUCGCAUUGUGUCAGGCCAUCGAGACCUACGCCGACAUGUGUGCCGCUGCAGGAGUGCCCAUCAGCUGGAGGAACAACACCUUCUGUCGUAAGAAAUACUAAUAAUAUAAAGACGAACAGACAAAAGUGAACUAGGACAUGUAGGCCCUCAUUUUGCUAGUUUAGCGCUGCACAGUCUGGGUGCUAAGUGAGGCGCAGCAUCUCAACCCCAUCAAGGUUGUAGAUUAAUUAAAUUUAUCAGCAUGUGUUGCUUUUUUCUGAAACAGACAAGGCUUAAGCUAAUGCAUUCACUCUCAAGGCGUUGCGGUGUGUUUGACCAUAACUUAAAUUUAUGCCAGAAUAUCCCUUUAAAUUUAAUAGCAAUAGCAAACAAUCGGGCUCAACGUGCUUUUGGUUUUUGUUGAUUCGGUUUUGUUGUCUAUUUUCCGUCUUCCAGCUCUGAAGUGCCCCCCUGGCAGCAGUUACAACCCCUGCGCCUCCGCCUGCUCCCAGCCCAGCUGUCAGAACCCUGGAGGCUCCGGAAACUCGUGCAACCACCCAUGUGUGGAGGGAUGUGUGUGCAACGAGGGUCUGGUCCUCAGUGGGGAUAAGUGUGUCCCCCCAAGUGAGUGUGGCUGCACAGAUGAGGACGGAAAGUACCGCCCGGUGAGUAUAGAGAGGAUGAAACCUGCACAGAUGUUUGUUCAGAGUCUGAGCGUGCAGUGACGGUUUGCUGUGCUCCUCCUGUGUGUGUGUCUGUGUGUAGGUUGGAGACUCGUGGUUCACAGAGCUGGACUGCUCAGAGCGCUGCAAGUGUAACGGCAACAACAACAUCACCUGUGAGCCGUGGGUCUGCAGCCCCGCCCAGGAGUGUAAGGUGGUGGAGGGAGUUCUGGACUGUCACUCCACAGGUACACCCAGAAGACACUCACUGCAACAUACUUACCAAGCUCCUCCUUAAAACACUAGAGCGAUAAAAAGCAAUUCUACUGUGCAGUCUUAUAAUGUUACUCUUUUCACUCCGCAGGUAAAGGUGUGUGCCACGUGGCCGGAGAUCCUCACUACUACACCUUUGAUGGAGUGAUGCACACGUUCAUGGGGACAUGCACUUACACCCUGGUGGAGGUAUGGAAGGAAUUCUAGCUCAAGUAGACAUCUGACAUGCUUUUACUUUUGCUACUAGAAACAGAUUUUUAUGCUAAUAUUUUACCAGAAAAGCUGGUGAGGAGUUGAUCUCAUCUGUCCCAAUAAGACAAGAAAUACUUAACCACUUCUUUUGGUGCUCCAGGUGUGUGACACCAGCAAGGUAACUGACUUCACCAUUGUGGCCAAGAAUGAGGAGCGUGGUCAGCCCGAGGCCUCAUACGUCCGCUCAGCUAAAGUCUACCUGCCAGGUGACCAGGUGGUGGAGCUGCAGAAGAGCCGCAGAGUUCUGGUAAAUGACUUUUUAUUUCCAUUUAAAGAAUCUCAUGUCAUGAUGAGGUUGGAGUGUUCUGAUGUGUUUUCUUUGACUCCUCUCAGCUGAAUGGACGGCGAGUUCGAACCCCGCUGACCAUCGCGAAGGCUGGCGCCAAAGUGAUCACCAGUGGCACCUUUACUGUGCUGGACACUGACUUUGGUCUACAGGUGAAGUUUGAUGGAGUCCAUCACCUGGAGAUCACUGUGCCUGGAGAGUACUAUAACAAGGUAGGAGAGUAAAGGAUCAUUCUUUUCUUCAGUUUAUGACUUAAAGAUGGCUGUCAGACUGUAAAUCUCUGUCCUCCUUCCUCCUCUGCAGCUGUGCGGCAUGUGUGGAAACUACAACCAGAACGCCACUGAUGAUAACCUGAUGCCCAACAAGAAACCCGCCAAAGAUGCGAUCGAACUGGGGAACAGCUGGAAGGCCGAGGGAGACAGUGACCCUGGGUCAGUCUCUGAAUUUAUUGUGAUUAUGUGAUCAGCAGGAGGGCUAAAGUACAGCUGAGCCUUUAACAGUCUGUGCAUUUAAAUAAUCUGCUCAUGAUCGGACCACGAACGAGAGAGAGAGAGAGCUCACCAGGAUGAGCUUCUGUCUAAGCAGUGUGUUUUUUCUAAUAAUCCUGAACACAUUAUAAUUGUAUCUUUUAGCUGUUUAUGACACGUCUGAGUCAUCUUUAUAUACACCUGCUAAAAACAUCACAAAUGCAGCCUCUUAGUUUCUAUCCUCAUUAUCUAUGCAGUGAUCUGAGUGGGUGGGGCUAAUAUGAUAAUGAGGAGCUGCUCAGAUUUAGUUUCUUUAAAUUAAUACCUUUAUCUUCACAAAUAUUUAAAGUUUUGUUUGGUAUACAUUCAGCUUUAACCUUAUGGUAUUUUAUUUUCAUUUAUUUACAGCUGUUGUUCCUGAAUUUAAACUGUUUUUUUUUUCCUAUAAAUUGACAACGUCGGUCUGAGAUGAUACCAACACAUUGUCGUCCUUAAGUUACAACCUUAAAUUCAGAUAAUUUUUUAUGGAUACAACAGCUUUAAUCCCUCAAAAAUCUGUGUUUGAAGGUUUUAAAUUUUAAGAGACACAUAGAGAACGUGUUUGAGAAUAGGCAAAUAAUUUUUGGGCUUGGUUCAGGGAGAAUGGACCAGUCUGUUCUUCUAAAUUUGGGGCAUUUAAUUAAAAAAUUAACUAAAUUCCUUAGCUGUAUUUACAGUCUAAUGAAUGCUCAGUAAAGUGAGGUCCUAACAAGGUGUGCUGAAGUUGAAAUGAAUGUACCUGCUCCACCCCCUUUCAGCUGUCAACCAGACACCCGUCCUGACGUCCACCCCGACUGUACCCCCGAAGAGGAGAAGCAGUUUGAGGCUCAGUGUGGCUCUGUCAUCCUCUCAGACACCUUCAAACCCUGCCACUCUCUGGUGCCCCCGGAGGUCUUCCUGGGUAACUGCGUCUACGACAUGUGCGAGUACGACGGCAUGCAGUCCACUCUGUGCGACAACGUGGAGGCUUACGCUCAGGCGUGUCAGAGCGCCGGCGUGUCGAUCAGCUGGAGGAACAACACCUUCUGUCGUGAGUCUCCCUUUUUGUGCAAAUAACCUGACCAAUAACGAUGAUACAAAUGACCUCUCACACCUGUUAACUCCGCCCCCUUUGCAGCCGUGCCCUGCCCUUCCAACAGCCACUACUCAGACUGCACCGCCCCCUGCCCCCCCACCUGCUCUGACCUCUUCCCCAUCUUCUGCCACCUUCCCCCCACUACCUGUGUGGAGGGCUGCCAGUGCGAUGCCGGACACGUCCUGAGUGACAACAUCUGCGUCCCUCUGGACAAGUGUGGGUGUCUGAGUGAUGACGGGGAGUACCACGAUGUGAGUAAAACCAAACCAUUACCCUGAUUCAUGAAGAGACGUUUCUGAGAGUUGGUCCAGGGGGUUAGGUUUUUAUUGUCUCAGAGCUGCAGAAACAACCUGUUUUGAAAUCUCACAUAAAUAUUUGCAGUAAAUGAUCACUUUGAGCAUCCAGAGUCAGCUGGUUUUUGUCAGAAGACACAACUAAAGUAGAAAAACUGACAUGUAAAAUCAACACCUGCCACAUACCUCAUCUGGUGGGUAGUUCUCACACUGUGAUGCUCCAUGUAGCAGGUAAAUGUUUGUACCAUAAUAUUAGAGUCAUUAAAUAAAAUCAUGCUCACUUUUGAAACCGACAUCUACAACCUACAUCAGUUGCUUUUUGGCCAUAUUAUGUUCCAAGAGAGUUCAGUCAUAUCAUAACAAUACUUGUAUACACACAACCCAAGGCAACAGCUGAAGUUCUGUGUGAGGCUCUCCAUCAUGCUGUUGCUAGGAUACAGACUCAACAUCUUGAGGCAGUUGUAACAAUAUCAGGAGACUUUAACCAUGUCACCCUCUCCUCUCACCUGACUGGUGGUGGAUGGCUCCUCUCUCUUUGCUACAGAACUGAGAGAUACAGAAAACCUUUUGUAUCUAUAGCCAUCAAACUUUUUAAUGCCUCUAUAAAUAGUGGAUGAGAUGAGAUUCCAGACAAACAAAUUUCCCUUUGGAGAUUAAUUAAGUUCUUGUAUUGUAUUCUUUCUCCUGCUCCUCGGCAGUCUGUAAGCUAGAACCAAAGGUGCUGCUGUUUCUGAAUGACCCGUCUGUGUUUGUGUGCAGGUGGGAGACACAUGGCUGACAGAUAAAUGUGCAGAGCAUUGCACAUGCGAGAAGGGCGGUAAAAUCUCCUGUAAAGACCACGGCUGUAACCCCAACACAGUGUGCUCUCUGGAUAACCUUGGAGAACUGAACUGCAAACCCACCAGUAAGUCUGACUCUGUUUGAGAUUUAGACUGUUCACACGCAGAGAGGAGGAUUUAAACUCCCUCUGGGACUCAGCUAAAGGCCUGGAUUUGAUUCUUUUUCUGUCUGUGUAGAGUUCCAACGCUGCAGCAUCUCCGGAGAUCCCCAUUACAGAACCUUCGACGGCUUCACCCAUCACUUCCAGGGCCCCUACAUCUACGUCCUGGCUCAGGGCCACAACCUGGAGAACAACAUCUUGGAGGACUUCCAGGUGAAGGGGAAGAACAUCCGCCGUGGAGGGAACAGGAGGGUGUCCUUCUUAGACGAGAUGUACAUUAAAGUGUACGGUGUGGACGUUCGAUUCCUGCAGAAGAAGACAGUGCUGGUCAGUGAAUCUGUCUUUGUCUUAUUAAAGCUGAAGUCAUCUCUUGAUCGUUCUCAGCGUAAAAGUCUAAAUGUGGUUUUCAGGUGAACAGGGAGCGUAUUGUUCCUCCUCUCAGUCCAGUGCCAGGUCUGUCCAUCACCAUGAACUCUAGACAGGUCCAACUCACCACAGACUUUGGACUUACUGUGCGCUUUGAUGGAAGCAGCCGAGGAGGUGAGUAAAUGAAACCCCUUUUGCAAGAAUCUGUUGAUCAAGUUGUACCAACCAAUCAGAUGUUAGCACGCUUUGAUGCAUGGAGAGAAAGAGUCAGUAUGGAGAGUGAAAGCAGACGACUCCGAUGAAAGGUCUAUAAGAACCUUGAGCAAGUCCAGAUGCCCUUUCAACCAUGACCUGGAUGAAUGAGAAUCCUCAAAGACAUGGUUCUGGAUCAUGUUUAGACAUGAUUCCCUCUUUCUCUACUCUCCAGAGUAGAGGAUGCAGUGUCCAUGAUUUCCAAAAAGUUUUCCUGUUCCCCUCAGUCCACCUUAAAUGGGCUCAGGUCCAGAGAAGUCUUUGGUAUCAUUAUUGACCCAUCUCUCCUGUGUGUGUGCCUGAUUUUCAGAGAUCGUCCUGCCUAGCACCUACACAAACCUGGUCCGAGGUCUGUGUGGAAACUACGAUGGGCUGACCAGGAAUGAGUACAUGUUGCCUAACGGUGAAUUGGUCAGAGAUCUGAACAAGUUUGGAGAAAGCUGGAGGACCACAAACCGCCAGGGUGAUGUGGUGAAGAGCUUUGACCGUCUUCAGAAAGUCCACAUCCACAGGUAGGUUUAAAACCAGAGCUUCAAGAAGCACCUCUCUGCUCCAAACUGCAACAGGAGGCCAAAAUUAAACAAUGCUUUUAACACUCCUGUUUCCUCUGUGUGUGUGUGUGUGUGUGUGUGUGUGGACACAGACGGGAAGUGGAGGCGGAUCCAGAUUCAGGAUUUGAGACCUCAGACUGCUCUUCAUCUCAGCUCAAUGAGUACAAGAGUAAGACUCAGUGUGGUGCUCUGUCAGACCCCACUGGGCUGUUCCAGCGCUGCCACGAAAGAGUGCCGCCACAGUCCUACGAUGAGUGAGUCCUCAGUGUAUGUGUGUGUGUUCAACUGCUGUCUUAAUGUGCGGGUCUAACAUAACUAAAUGUGUGUGUGUUUGUUUUCAGUGACUGUGUGUUCGACCUGUGUGCGGAGCAGGGCAGCAACGAGCUGCGCUGUGCCAGUUAUGAAGCCUACGCUGUAGCCUGUCAGGAGGCUGGAGUCAACUUGGGAGCCUGGAGGAAACAGCUGGGCUGUGGUAAGAGCAACACAGACACACACACGCUUAACAUACACAUGUACACAAACACACUCAACACAUGUACACAAACACACUCAAUACAUGUACACAGACACACUCAACACAUGUACACAGCAAUCCUUAAAUAAGCGGCUGACUGUAAAAGUGUUUUCUUUUCAUUUCUCAGUCCUCUCCUGCGGCGCUGACAGCACCUACUCCACCUGUAUGUCUUCUUGCCCUGCAUCCUGUGCCAACCUGGCCGCCCCCUCUGAGUGUGAAGAAGUUAAUUGCGUGGAAGGAUGCAAGUGCAACGCUGGCUUCGUAAUGAGCGAGGGCGUGUGUGUGCCGUACACAGAGUGUGGCUGCAUGUUCCUGGACAGAUACUAUCCUGUAAGGGUCUUUAUGGUUCAGAUACAACAGAGCAUUUGAUCAUGUGACCCUCUCCUCGUUCUCGUCCUCAUCUUCACAUGUUCUUUCUCUCCCUCAAUCCUGCAGUUGAAGGAGAAGUUCGUGACAGAUGAUUGUUCUCAGAGCUGUGAAUGCACCACCACUGGAGCAGUGUGUCAACCAAAGGGCUGUCAGAAAGGAUACGUGUGCACCAUCUACGAGUUCAAACGGGACUGCUACAAAGGUCAGUGUGUCUGUGAGGGAGAGCUUCAGGCUGUAACAUCUUGAUAUUUAUCUGUUUUUAUUGAAAACUAAACUGCUUUGUCAGUUUUAGUUAUUACCCUGUUAAUGACCCUGUUACUCUUUCUCUACGAGGUGCGUUUAUUUUUCUUUUAAGGUUCCACAUAAGUAACAGAGUCAAGUUAGCAAUAAGUAAAGGAAGUAGAACCAGCACUCAAACUUUACCUUCUCAGAGACCCGCUGCUGAAAAUGCAGCCACAACACGACAGCAGAUUCUGGCAUGUGUUCUCCUGGUGGACUCGCCAAGUUUGCUUUAGUGUUUUUCCAUCUCUGCAUCUGUGUUCACUGGCCUGAACCACACUUGCUAGAUAUGAGAUAUACUCUAUAUAUUUUUAGCAUUUCAUCAUGUUUGUUUGGGCUCUUCUGGUGCACUCGCCACACUUGUUCUGGUGUUUUUUCACCUCUGCAUUCAUCUCAGUCUGCCCCUCUCUAAAAAUGACAACUACGACGACUUGUUAAACACCGUCAACUUCCUGGUUAGAGUGUUUCUUUCUGAGUACUCUAUCUAAUUUGGUGUAAAACUAAGAGGAGAACUUCUUCACAGGUCCAAGUUAUAAUAAACAGGAUGUAGUGCAUGUGGUUUGACUUAAAAGUAGCAGAUAAUAUGGAGUGAACCAAAGAGGUAGGUUUCUGAUGGUUGUCGUUUUGUGCUGCAGAGAGUCCCUGCCUCAGUUCCCCAUGUCAGAACGGAGGAACCUGCGAGGUGGGCAACAACAACACCUUCACCUGCAAGUGUCCUGAGGGCUUUGAGGGCCCUACCUGUGAGGUGGAGAUCACCCCAACUGAUGAAGGACUCGGUGAGACUCUGAAUCUUUCUCUUUUGCUCUGCAGGGAGCCAAAGAAGAUUGGAUUAAAACUUUUACAUCUCUCAAGAUGGAAUGGACUCUAGGUUUCAACAGAGACUCUGACUCCUCUUUCAUUUUUCACUCUCAACAGAAACAAAGUGGAUCAUCCUUAUUGUUGUGCUGGUCAUUGUCGCCGUUAUCAUCAUCAUCGUAACAACCGUCUGUGUCUGCAAGAAAAAAUCUAAGUGAGUUCUAAUCUGUAAUGCAGAAACAUCCAAGUAUCUGUGUGCAGUAAGGUGUGCUUUGGUGUGUUUUUGUGUUCCCUUCAUGACUGCUGAGUGACAUUUGCACAAAAUCCUGAUCGACAUUCCCGACCUAAAGGUGUGUUCAGAACAGGGAUGAAGCAGACUCUGGCACUACCCUAGUUUCAGAAAAGUUUAUGCGAAUAGUCAGGACUAUUAGGCGAUGGGAAUGAAAGCUGCAAGAUAUCAUAGAAACUGUACCUGAAAAAGGGCAAAGAGUCAAGCAAAAUAUGAGAGAAAAAUGUGAGAAAAAUGAGAAAAAAAAUAUGAGAAAAUAGGAAUCAAAGCCUGCAGUUUUUAAGCAAACAGGAUGAUAAUGAGCUCUGCGGCUCACAUUAGGAGUGGGGUUGGACAUCCCCAGUGGGAAAAAACAGGAUCCUUUCAUACUGCCCACCCCCAGUUUGUUAAUUUUGUAAAGCAAAGGCCUGGUGAGUAAUAUAUUUACAAAAAAUGUUCUCCUGAGAGGAUUUUAUGAUGCAUAAGUAUUUUAAUGCUGAAAUAGCUGAAUCAGAAAAGGUCAAAUCAAAAACUAGAGUCAUCUACAGGCAGACCUGACAAAUACAGAAUUUUUACUUUGAACAAAUCUGAAACAUGUAGUUAGCUCAGUGUCCUCUAAGCCUGAUUUGAUCCAGUCACAGUUAUAGCUGUGUUUGACAGACUGACUUGACUGUGAAUUAUGAGAAACUGUAAAACUGAGACAAUGUUACAGGGACACUAAGACUACACUUAUUAUGGACAGACUGGCAGACAGUCCACAGCUGAAGUAGAUAAGGUAGUCAGUGUAUUGUCCUACCUAACAAGUGGUCAAACUGGGUGUCUGCAGAGGUUUGCUUUGUAUUUGGUCUGAACACACCAUGAGGAGGAGGAAGGACCGGGUCAAACAGGGAUGUGAUCGAUCAUUAAAAAAAAAAUCUCAUUUCAUUGCAGGUCAAAUUCUUAUGUUAUUCAGCAGUCAGAUCACAAUAGGUGAGAGAAAAUGACAAACUCUUGGCCUCGGGGACUGUGGGAUCAGUGGUUUGAUGUUAAUUGGGAAUCUGUGGGAUCAGCGCUCUAAGGUGGAGGGAUGGUUUUGGAUCUUGGUCUCUUUUCCUCUCUCUCUCUCUUUUAUUUGCAUGCAGCAGAAAAGGGUUGUCACUUUAGUUUUUGACCUCAGUGUGUGUCUCUGCAGGAAGAAGAAUAAGAAGGAGCUGAAAAACAUCAGCAUGAAAUCAUCCUCCAGUAAGAAGUUUUUUUUUGUACCAAUAAAAGGGUGGAAGGGAUAUUAAAAUUCUGCUCUGUUAGUGAUGAAGGAGGCUGAACAGAUGAAUAAGUGAUCACUUUAUUGAGCUCCUUUGAAAGUUUAAUCACAGAGUAACAUCAUGGUGAGACUGUGGAGUUAUUAAAGUCAUUUUAACAGGUGAAGUUCAAUAUAAAGGUGAUGAUACUUGUAUUUUUAUGACUGCGUAACCCUGCAGAAGUUCAAGCCUCAUCAGUUUUCUUCAAGAUGGAUUUUUUUCUUUCCAUUUGUGUGUUUAUGCGUGUGUUUAAUCUUUGUCUGUGUGUUUCAGGUGUUCCUUACAAAAACAUGGAUGCUGAAAAUAAAGAGAAGAUCACCAACAUGUGA